AUGGCCGCGUUGGUAGUUUGCUGCGACUGUUACGGAUUGUUUAGAACUACGAGAAGUGUCUUGGAUCCCCUAAGCGAAGUGUUUAAGAUCGAAUCGUCGAUCUCGACCGUAGACUACGUGAACUGGAUCAAGAAGGAGAACUUCGAGGUCGUGCCUACGCAUCGAGAAGCAAACGACGCAAGAACAAAGCACGACACGGAGACCGUGCUUUACUCGACGAACCACGCCGAUCGAAAGACAAAGAAAAGAACGCUAACGAACCGUUUGGAGUGCGACCACUGUAGCCGCAGGUUCUUGAAGAAGAGCAACCUCGUGGAGCACUUGAAGAAACACAGACACAGGUGCCCGGACUGCCCGAAAACCUUCAGGCUCCGUCGAUACCUGACCUCCCACACGGAGAAGAUCCAUCGGCUGCAGGUGUACGAUUGCAGCGUUUGCAAUUACAAGAGCAACAACAAGGGCACCCUGAAGAACCACUACAUACGACUGCACACGAACAAUUACAAUUUUGCGUGCGACGUGUGCGGUAAACAGUUCAAGAUCAAGAAAGCGUUGAACCAUCACGUGAAGCAGAACCACAGCGACGCGCCGCCGAUAGUGUGCGACGUUUGCGGCCACUUCAGCAAGAAUCUUCACGCGCUGAAGGCGCACAUGAAGUACAGACACUACAAGCCCGAGUUUAUCUGCAGAAUCUGCAGAAGGGGCAUGACCACGCAAGAGAACCUGGAGCAACACUUGACGUGGCACGAGACCAGAGAGAAGGUGCUCUGUCCAACUUGCGGCAAGAGAUUUCGAGGACGCGAUCUCGACUCCCACAUGCGGGUGCACACGGGGGUCAAGCCUUUUCCGUGUCCGGUCUGCGGCAAGUCGUUCAGAAGGCAGACCGCCCAGGAGCAACACGUACUCAUCCACACCGGAAAGAGACCGUACGUUUGCGACAUAUGCGGACAGGCGUUCGCCCAGAAACCGGGUCUCAUCUGCCACAGGAAACGCCAUCCUGGACCCCUACCGCCGCUACCAGUCGUCUCCAUCAAGAACAUCGUCACGGAGUUCACCAAGGAGUACAUUAUGAAGAAUACCAUGAUCAAAAUCGAGUGAAACAACGACUCGUUUAGGCAAGAUACUUGUUAGAUAGUUCUCAAGAUGGCGUCGAGGGGGGAUGUAAUUUGGACUCUUCGCUACUUGAACUUGUGUUUCAGUAGAUAAAAGGAACGCGUAUUUCUUAUUUUUAUAUUCAAAUUUUAAUUCGGAUAUUAUUCAAAUACUUAGACCUAUCGAUAUUGUGACGUGGACCAUAAAUCAAAGUCUUUGCCUCCAUUGCUCUUUUUAAAACUUUAUUUUCAUUUAAUAUAAGCAGUAAAAAGUCACUAUAUUUCUAACUUGUAGUGAAAACACUUUCAAGAAAAGAACAAUAACAUACGAAAUUUCAUUUCAAUGAUAAUCUUCAGUUAUUAAAUUUCGUCAAGGACUUCUAAAUUUUGAGCGCACAGAAGUCGAAGUAUCCUCAAUUUUCUUCCUUCUGUCAGAGUUUAAUCAAUUAGCUACCCAAAGUCUGCCUUUGAUAAGGACGAAAGACAAAGCGAUGGGAUAGCUUUCAGCGUCUUUAAGCAGUUGAUUUCAUUUCGACGAUGAAUUGCGUUUCGAGCAGCUUGGCGCUUCUAUUUCUCAGAAAACAAUGCACUUUCGUGACAAUCGUUGUACAAAGUAAUUACUGACUCCAACGCGACGCAAUAACAUGUACAUUCACUCUGGAGCGAAGCGUAAUCUGCAAUU